CGCCCCGCCCCGCCCCCCCGGGUGUGCGCGAGGCGGCGGCGCGUGGCAGCGGCGCGGGCGCCGGUGGCGGGCUCUGAGCGCGCGCGCGGGGGGCGGCGGCGGCCCCGGCCCGGCCCCGCCAUGACCGACUUCAAGCUAGGGAUCGUGCGGCUCGGCCGGGUGGCCGGCAAGACCAAGUACACGCUGAUCGACGAGCAGGACAUCCCGCUGGUGGAGAGCUACUCCUUCGAGGCUCGGAUGGAGGUAGAUGCUGAUGGAAAUGGUGCUAAAAUAUUUGCUUACGCAUUCGACAAAAAUCGUGGAAGGGGAUCCGGCCGUCUCCUGCAUGAGCUGCUUUGGGAGAGACACCGGGGAGGGAUUGCUCCUGGAUUUCAAGUGGUACAUCUGAAUUCAGUGACAGUGGACAACCGCCUAGACAAUCUGCGCCUAGUUCCUUGGGGUUGGAAACCCAAAGCUGAAGAAAUCUCUAGUAAACAAAGGGAACAAAGUCUGUAUUGGCUGGCAAUCCAACAGCUUCCUACAGAUCCUAUAGAAGAGCAGUUUCCUGUACUGAAUGUAACACGAUAUUACAACGCUAAUGGGGAUGUUGUGGAGGAGGAAGAGAACUCAUGCACAUAUUAUGAAUGUCACUACCCCCCAUGCACAAUGAUUGAAAAACAGUUACGUGAAUUCAACAUUUGUGGCCGAUGCCAGGUAGCGAGGUACUGUGGGUCACAAUGCCAGCAAAAAGACUGGCCUGCUCACAAGAAACACUGUCGGGAGAAGAAACGGACCUUCCAGCAAGAGCUUGGACCAGAACGAUGACUGGGUGGCACAGGCCUCUUAGCAGCAGGAUUCCUUCUCAAAGGCAUUGGACUCUUGCUUUUGCACAGUAAUGACAGACUGCUUAUUGAAGCCAGAGGCACUGAAGAAGAAAAACCCUGUGAUGCUUGAGCAGAACGGCUGACUGAACUAGGCCAGCUCUGACUGGUGCUGUGGAAAGGGAUUGGGUCUACCCUUCCAGUAUUAUAUUCUCAAGCAAAAAGACUACUGUGGAGGCUCCAGGCAGGAAGCUUCUCAUUAUUUAUAUGUUAAUACAUUUGUAAACUCAUGUACAGUUUUUGUUAGAAAUUCUUGAUAGGACUCAUUAACUGUAAUGUUCAGAUGAGAAAAUGUUGUCAGCCUAAAAGUUUAAAAAAGAAGUAAAAAAAAAAAGUAAAAAAAAAAAAAAAAGGUCAUGUGGCAAAAGCUUUUCCUCCCAUGUGGCUAGAAGUAUCUGUGGCUGUGCCAAGGCCAGAAGGCAGGCUGUGACAUCGGCAGUUACUCUGGAGAACUCUGCAUGGAAGUUAUAUUUAAAAAAAAAAAAAAAAGGCAAACAAAGUAAAGGUUGGAAUGAAUCAUUGUCUGCUCUCUAGCUUUCUCCUGUUCCCUUCCAGCUGCCUUCAGAGCACAGUCCCACUUGGACGUUGGAAGUACCUACCCAGUAGGAACCAGCGUGCCAGAGACUGGAGCGGAGCGUAGGGGACCAGCUGGGAUCUGUGUGUACAGGCGAGCUAUAGCGUGGCGCUGCCUUCAGAGAAGGGCUGCUGGAGACUCUGAUUUAAGCAACCCGUAUUUUUAGAAAGCUGAAAUAGCUUUCUUGUUAUGAAACCUUUGUCUGUGAAGUAGUCGUAGGGAAGCUGAGGUAGUCAGCUGUGUCUGGAUGUAGUUGCCCUUGUGGCUUCCCCGUAAGCAUAGCAAAAUCUAUAGUGAUGUGCAGAUGUGUUUAAAUGAGCUAAUAUUUGGUAAUUUGAGUUAUUUAUUCUUUGUUAAAGACACCAUCAAUCCAAGAGUCACUUUGACUUUAUUUUUAAUGUAGUAAUGAGUAAAAAUAAUAUGGGAGGAGGAUUAGA